UGUCUCCGGGGCUUUACAGGAACCUUCCUCCUGCUCGGCCUCUCAGUGGAGACACGGCAGGUGAGAGGGCUGAGGGAGAGGACGUUCCUGUAGCAGCUCCUGCCCCCCAGAUACUACCAGGAACAUUCUGGUGGAAACGGGCCUUCUGUCUCCGGCUGUCCGCUGCGGCUCUGCGCGGCUGGACGGACUCACACGUGGAGCUUCUGUGUUUUUGCCGGGAUCAGGAAAUGCUUUUGUUCUUUCCGCUUUCGUACCAGCCAAUGAUCAGUGAGCGAGCGGUCACGUGCGUGAGCAGCAGUCGGGUGUGUUUCCGGGUUUGUCCGGUUAGUGGAGGCAACGGGAGAGAAGAGAUCAGCCCGUCAGGAUUUACUGGGAGAACUGGAGGACACACACACCGCUGUCAGCCACCGGCCACCUGCUGCACAGAGCACCUGUCUGUCUGCCUGCCUGUCUGUCCUCCUGUCUGUCUGCCUGCCUGCCUGUCUGUCUGUCCUCCUGUCUGUCUGCCUGCCUGCCUGUCUGUCUGUCCUCCUGUCUGUCUGCCUGCCUGUCUGUCUGUCUGUCUGUCUGUCCUCCUGCCUGUCUGUCUGUCUGUCUGUCCUCCUGUCUGUCUGCCUGCCUGUCUGUCCUCCUGUCUGUCCUCCUGUCUGUCCUCCUGUCUGUCUGCAUCAUGUCCAAACAGAAGGCUUGUGGUAAGACGCUGAUCAUCGCAGACGAUGAGGAGGCAGAAGCAGACGAGGCAGACCUGAACCCGUUUUCAUACCGAGAGUUCCUCCGCUGGAAGAACCUGGAGCCCACAGACAGACAGGAGGAAGAGGAGGAGGAUGAAGGCUGGGAGCGGAGCUGCCAGUCAGCCACAGCAGACAGCACCUCCUCCCUCUGCACCGAGGAGGAGGAGGAGGAGACGAGGUUCUCCUCGCAGCCUGAGGCCCGGCAGGGAGGAGGAGGAGGAGGAGGAGGAGGAGGAGCAGGAGGGGAGGGGGAGAACUACGAGGGCGAUGAUGAGACGUCCAUGGCCGAGCCGCUCGCCUCCUGCAGGAAGAGGAGCAGCAGGAGCAGCCAGCUGCAGCAGCUGAAGGAGGAGAACGUGGUUUUGAGGAGAACCAUCAGGGAGCUGCAGAAGAAAUUAGACACUAACGAGCAAAGGGUGGGGCAGCUGUCAGAGGAGCUGGUGCAGAGGAGGCGUCAGGAGGAGAAGGAGGCGCAGGACCUGGAGAGCAUGGUGCACUCUGUGGAGCAGAACCUGCACCUGAUGACCAAGCGAGCACUGAAGGCAGAAAGCAGCGUCUCCAAACUGAAACUGGAGCUUCAGCAGCUGCAGGGUCAGGCUGAAGCCUACCGGUUGGAGAACGAGUGUCUGAAGGCGGCAGAGUCGGAGGUCGUCAUGACGAUGAGACACAACGCCCAGCUGGCAUCAGAGUACCUGCAGAAGAGUGCGAGCCUGGCACGCUCCAGCGUCCGACAGCUGCUGGGAGAGGCCGAGACCCUCACUCUGGUCUCUCAGCUGCUGCAGUCCAUCGACAAGAUAUCCCACCUGAACCCUGAGUCCUGAACCCACCACACCUCCACCUUGUAUCCAGACGUCCACCUGAACCCACCAGACCUCCACCUGAUCCCCCAGACCUCCACCUGAUCCUCCAGACAUCCACCUGAACCUUUCGGACCUCCACCUUUAAUCCAGAUCUCCAGACUCAGAAGCUCUGCACUGGAUCUUAACAUUGGGAUGGUCCCUGCCAGACAGGAGGACAUGGUUGCCACGGUAACAGACCAAAGAGACUGCCGGGUCCUGUAGCAGCAGGGAGGACCAGGUCAGAGGUCUGGACGUCAGGAGGUCAUUAAUCAUGUCAUUAAUGAAAGGGAGCAUGAGGUUUCUUUUUUUUAAAUUUGUAACAAUGUUACCAUAAAUGUUGCCGCUGUAGCUUUUUGAAACUCUGCAUGGACCCACAGCCACCAGGAGGGCUCCACCCCCUGACUCUGUUCAGCUUCUGCAGCGCCCCCUGCAGGUCGGUGGAACAUCUCCCUGAAUAGAUUAUCACUGCUAAAAUCAAUUUUUUUUGUGUUUAAUACUACAAAUUAUUACAUUACAGUCAGUUGACAUUAAAAUCAGCAUAGUCAUUAAAAUUUGGCAGUGAACUCUCUGCUGGUGCUCGCUGCGUUCCACCGGAGGAAGACUGGAACAGCAGAACUGAUGAUGAGUUGGUUGGUUGGUGCGUUAUAAGGAGGAACACUGCGGAUCAUUGUGGAGGACGUGAACACUUUGAUCCGAGUUUUUGACUUUUGCCAGUAAACAGUUUGUGGGCGGAGCCUGCGGGUCGUCACAUCAACACAUCACUGAUUUACAGCUGCAUCGACCUGCCAACAGAAACACAGUCACACCGACUCUGACCUGAAUCCAGUCAAAAUGCUUUGAAAAAAGACCAAAUAUGUCAAUUUAACACCACAAAAAAAUAUUUUUUGUGAAUAUUUUUUAGAAGAAAUAACAUUUGAGUAAUUGCUUUGCAAGUAGAAAAUGUUACAGUGUUAGAUCACAUGCAUGUGAUAUACAUUUUCUGCUGUUCUUCUGCUGAAUGUUUGGUGAAGGCUGAGUGAAGUGAAGCGGUGAACCAAAGAGAGAGUGUGUGUGUGUGUCACACACUCUGAGCUGUGUCUGCUAAUGUGUGUGUGAAGACUGAAACUGAUCCUUAAUAAAUACUGAAUACUG